CACUGUCUCUCUGCACAAGCGGAACACUUCUUAAGCGUCCUCUGGUUUGUGGACCAUCCCCUAUCCGUGACGCUAAAACGUGCAUCAUCACCAGAGAAGGAUGUCUUUUUUCCUUUACUGGUUGCAGUUAGUCGGUUUUAUAUGCGAGGCAAUGCAGGAGCCGGACGUUUUGCCUUAGGAAACAUGUCGAAAGAAACAUCAGUACUCGAAGACGUCUUGCAAUUUAUGAAAAACCUUUAACUUUGACUAACAACAACUUUUUUUGCUUUAGUUUUUUAUCACCUUGAGAAAAGAAUCAACAUUUUAUGUAUUGUUAAUUUGUUUUACCUGAGUACAGGUGUAAUAGAAGCGCACGUGGCAGAUUGCCUAAGGUCUAAAAUGAAUCAAAGACCGGAUUCAAACCUGACGCUGGCGGAGGGCGAAAACUGGACUUUACCCAACGCGUCCCGGGACUAUGUCGGCCCGCGGUACAACAUCACAUACGUGGGAUUUUACCUUCAUCAGCCGCCGGUCAUGGCGGUCUUCAUCGUUUCCUACCUGCUGAUUUUCCUGGUGUGCAUGGUCGGGAACGGGGUGGUGUGCUUCAUCGUGCUCCGCAGCAAGAACAUGCGCACGGUCACCAACCUCUUCAUCCUGAACCUCGCGGUCAGUGACCUUCUCGUGGGGAUUUUCUGUAUGCCCACAACACUGCUGGACAACAUUAUAACGGGAUGGCCCUUUGGGAGUUUGGUGUGCAAAAUGAGUGGGAUGGUCCAGGGAAUUUCUGUGUCAGCGUCUGUUUUCACUCUGGUUGCAAUUGCCGUGGACAGGUUCAGAUGCAUUGUAUACCCUUUCAAGCAAAAACUAACAAUAUCAACCUCUACCCUGAUCAUCGUGAUUAUCUGGGUCUUGGCUAUUUCGAUCAUGUGUCCCUCUGGGGUCAUGCUACAAGUGACCAAGGAACAGUCCAUCCGGGUGUUUCUCGGGGAUGGAAACAGGACGAACCCUUUUUACUGGUGCAGGGAAAACUGGCCGAACCAAGAGAUGCGAAAGAUCUACACCACCGUUCUCUUUGCCAACAUUUACCUCGCCCCCCUUUCCCUGAUAGUGAUUAUGUAUGCACGUAUCGGCAUCACGCUUUUCAAAACGGCAGUGCCUACGGGCGGGAAGCCCGGCCAAGAGAACCGUCAGGCCGUGUCAAAGAAGAAGCAGAGAGUCAUUAAGAUGCUGCUCAUCGUGGCUUUGCUUUUCAUCCUUUCCUGGCUGCCCCUCUGGACCCUAAUGAUGCUGAGUGACUACGCCAGCCUCACCGAACAUCAGUACAGGGUGAUCAACAUCUACGUCUAUCCCUUCGCGCACUGGCUGGCCUUCUUCAACAGCAGCGUCAACCCCAUCAUCUACGGCUUCUUCAACGAGAACUUCCGAAGGGGCUUCCAGGCGGCUUUCAAGUUCCAGCUGUGCUCGGCGGACAUGGGCCGCAGAAAGACGUACUCGCACAGGAUCCAGGGGAACGCCGUGCUCCCAGCCAACCCGAUGGCCUCCACGGAGCCUGUGUCUCUCAACAGCCUUGAGAACAACAGCACCAAGAGGAACAACCACGUGAACGAGCAAGACUUGGUCAUGGAAGACCUGGAUAAGGUAUCCAGAAGCAAUGGCGUAGAAAGCAGUUCGCUAUAAUAGGGGGUGCCCACAUGACCACCAAACGUAAUCGCUAAAUCAAAGGUCCAUUUUUUUUGCAGAUUUUACUAACCGGUGCCAUGCUCAAACAGGAAUGCUUUAAUUUUGAGGGUCUUAUGCAAACACACUGGAUAUGUUAAGCAUAUGUACUUACCUUACAAAUAAAUGCAAUGGUUAUUUUGGUGAUUGCUGAACUUGCCAAAUUAUAAUUUUUAAUGAUAUAUUUUUUUAUUUAUAUUUUACAAACAGAACAAGAACUUAAUUGCCCCUAACACCCCUCCCCUCCCUUCCCUUUCCCCAGCAGUCUCCCUACCAAAUCCAUACUUCUUCAAUUAAUACAGUUCACAUGCAUUUCAGAUAGGAUAGAGUUCAAACAAUAUUAAAAUCUCAUUUAACCCUUUGAAGAGUAUGUUUAUUGGAAUGUUUUUCAGUGUUUCAGUGUUUUGACAGUGUUCUAGAACUCCAUUGCUUUCAGUUACCAGUAGUGAUCGUUACAUCAGCAUUAGAAUGUUCAGUUAACAACAUUCUAAUCUCAUAUUUGUGAUCUUAGUCGGUAAGGGCAGGCAUACAUUUUACAAGUUAUGGGCUUUUUUCUGAUUGAGACCAGAUCGUCAGAAAAAUAUUAGGUCUUAAUGUCGCAACUCGCAAGGUAUGAGAUAGUGUUCCAAACUGGGUGGUUUACUGGCUCCCGAUUGCUUUUUGACAUGGGGCGCUGUGGGUUGAAUUCGUCAGGUGUAUGAGGUCGUGCAAGCAGAUUGUGUGUGUAAUUCCCGUUGACCUACGGUGCUUUGCCGACUGUAUCAGAUCUGUAAUGUUACUCUAUGGCUUCAGUACGUUUGUGGACAAGUCUGCAUCCAUAGCUAAUUAUUGCUACAUUUGUUUUGUGAACUAUAAUGAAUGCCAGUUCAUACCGUACAGAAUGUCUGCAUAAGUUCUCCAAGUUAAAGUGCAAGGCAGGGGUGUCCAAUAGUAUCUAGAAAGGCUGGUGUGGGUGCAGGUUUUUGUUUCAUUCCAGCACUAAGACACCUGAUUCUACUUAUCAAGGUCUUAAUUAAAGAUCAUGAUUAGUUAAUUAUG